AGUGUGCUCCCGCCCCACGCGACAGUGAGGAGAAGGAGAUGUUGGACCGGAUGCUGCGGGUCGACCAUGCAGGUGAAUACGGGGCCAACCGGAUCUACGCCGGUCAGAUGGCGGUGUUGGGUCGAUCUAGGACUGGGCCUCUCAUUCAGGAAAUGUGGGAUCAAGAAAAACAUCUUGAGAAAUUCAAUGAAAUUCUGGCUGAGAACAGAGUUCGCCCCACAGCACUGUUACCCCUCUGGAACAUUGCUGGGUUUGUAUUAGGUGCAUCCAGCGCACUCCUGGGAAAAGAGGGGGCCAUGGCCUGCACUGUGGCGGUGGAGGAGAGUAUUUCAGAACAUUACAACAGCCAAAUAAGAGCUCUGAUGGAGAAGGACCCUGAGAGAUACACCGAACUGUUACAGGUAAUAAAGGAAUUCAGAGAUGAUGAGAUGGAACAUCAUGAUACAGGAUUGGAACACGAUGCAGAAUCAAUACCCGGAUACUGGCUUCUAAAAAACGCUAUACAACUGGGCUGCAAAGCUGCAAUUUAUGUUUCACAACGUGUCUAACCUACUUCGAAUAAGUUAACAUUUUCCCCUUGGUUUCUAUGGAUAUGUCGACUCAUUUUGUGUACAUGCAUCCCAUUGUAAAUGAACUUUCAUGUGUGUCCAUACGUUCUAAGAUUACAAUCAUUACAGUAAUCAUUCCUCUGUUAUCUACAAGAACCUGCAUUGUACUGCUUUGCUCAGUGUUCAUUACAUGGACUGCAGAACCUUUCUAAAUAAAAUUGCAUAUCUCUACA